AUGCAGCACUUAGUUGCUUUUAUCUUUACCACCAUUUUCAUCAGAUGUUCAAUGAUGACGACACAUGGCUUAGAACAAUGUCAAGUUCAGUCAGUAUCAAUAUACGGUUAUUACCUGACUGGUCACGUUAUUUAUAUAAAAACUUGUGCAAGUCUCUCUGAAUGCGUGAUUUUGUGUUCGUAUGAGUUCCGUUGCAAGAGUUUCAAUUUUCGGUUAAUGGAUAAGUUAUGUGAAUUGAACGAUGCGGACAGAUUUACUCACCCGGUGGAUUAUGUGCCGAUGGAAGGAUUUCUGUAUAAGGACACUACCGAAAAGCAUAGAAAGGUCAGUUGUCAUUUGGCUAAUUAAUCCUUUAUAUUUUGGAAUAAUUUGCCAGAAAUAUCAUAUAAUUAUAUAGUUUUUCGUUACCAAAAAGUCCGCUUUAUCAUUACCUGAAGGUCAUGGGCCAUCAAAAAUUAAAAUCCAAAACUAAAAAUUUCAUCUCUUUAAAGAACCAUCUUUGAUUUUUUGUAGUGCAUGGUUGCACUGAACAUUUAGAUAUUGGAAGCGGUUCGUGAGGAAUUUUUAGACCAUCCUCUUCAGGUUGCAAGGGUGUUUUUUUUUGUCCGGGAUGGCUUUCAAUCCUAAAAACCUUUGGCCAAUGCUAAUUAAAUGUUUCACUUGGCAAAUUUAUAUUCAAAGCAUCCAGGCUAGAGGUAUUUUUUACUUGUGUUGUAAAUUUUAUUACUAAUUAACAGCCCCUCAUGUCGCUUUCACGGAUUUAUCAGCAUUUUGCUUCAGGUAGCUAUAAAUUAAAAUAAUGUUUACUUCACACGGGUUAGUAUUUCAUUCCACUUGGUUAGUUGUCAUUUACAAAAUUUUGAUAAGUAUGGAUAGUUCAAUUUUCACGCAGAAUCCUGGCUUCGGAUCCUGCGCGGAAAUUCUCCGGGAGUUCCCACAAGCUCAAAGCACCUACUACUGGCUGAAGAUCGGAGACAGAGAUGCCCAAGUGUAUUGUGAUAUGGGAAAGUACGGUACGUGUACAAGUAAAUGCACAUCAAAAAUUUAAUAUUAGCAAUACCUGAAUACCUACCUACCUGAUUUACAGAUAAUUCCUUUUUCACUAGAGCAAUACGAAUCAAGCAGACUCUUGUUCACUUACCUUCACUUUAACUCUAAUGCCCAUUACCUGAAGAAAACCUUGUAGUAGAUAAAGAAAUGUUCCUUUUCUUACUUCAGUUUUUGUUGUUGUUCAGUUGUUGAUGUUUGCUUAGCUGUUUGUUUGUUUGUUACUUAAUUUACUUUUCUUGUCCCAAUCUAUCUUUCCCGGGUAAUCUAGGGGGUGGAUGGACAUUGGUUGCAAGCAUUAGCUCAACAAAUCAUCAUCAUUUACAAAGGAUUGAAAACUACUGCUUCAACUCAGUACUCUGUGUUCCUUUUAAUGAAACUAUCAUCAAGGCGAGGAAAUUAAGUGACCAGGAAAUUCAUAAACUAGCUCAGAUCGAGGGUAUGGAUGAUUUUUUAAUUCUUUAACUUGUUCUUACCUUGUGUGGUCACUGGUGUACAAUCGAUUACAAAACGUUGCAUGAAUAGUAUAGACCAUAAAAAAUAAUGCAUUUGCAUAAUUAGAAUGAAUACACACUUACGACGUAAGCAUGAAAGCGAGGCCUAAGGGCCACAUUGCAAUUAGAUUGCCAAAAGAGCACCCAACAACUACGACAAAAAAUAGUUCUCACAAAUGCUGCGCAGCUGCGCUUUGAAAUAAUCGUUCCCAUAAUAGGAAAGACUUGACGUUUCAUUCAAUUCCGAACGAUCUUUGCCGAAGGUUAGUUUCUUCACUGUCCACUUUCCAACGCAGGUUCAUUUAUUGUAGCUGCUCCAGGAAUAUCUCUUGGAGUUAAUUAUAAAUCUCUAAAUCACAAAUCGUUCUCGUUUUCUCCGCUCUAUCUACUUUUUUUUUUAAGUUUGCGGGAAAUAUGGUGGCCAUUAGGCCUCGCUUUCAUGCUUACGUCAUAAGUGGUUAUAUUGUACGCUAAUAAAAUCUUUUGAGGGAGAGCAACGUGUUUCUUCAGUCUUGAUGGCGCUGAGACCAGAUGGAAAAUAGCUAAGUACUAUUCUUGUUUUAAUUAACAUUUGGCUGUUAUUUUUUGAACAAAUUAAUGUGCAAAAAUUCUGUACGUAUUUCUGUAUAAAAAAAACACGAUGGUAUGCGUAAUGACCCUUAAUUUUAAUGUCUUGUAACCGUCGUCACCAGAUCACUAAAUUUUAAUAAAUCUGUGCAAGGAGUAAUGAGCACUUACAGAAAGAUUAAUUCUGGUACAAAAUUACAAUGUAUUUUGAAAAACCCAAUCAAACAAACAGUCAAAAAAAGGACGAAUAUCUUUGCGAGACUAUCGCUCCACCCCUAACCUCCCCGUAAGCUUCUAUGCAUCAGUAUAAUUAAUUUCCUGAUUAGUAUUUGUAUAUUAUGGGACAGUAUUUAUCUGCAUAAUAACCUUCCAUACAUAACCACUAUUGCACCAGGUUCUUUCCGAGUUGAUGUCUUGGGGUCUGGAAACAAAGUAAGCCAUACCCUAUUCUAUCAGGUUAGUGCUUAAGGUAGAUUUAUGAGGGUUAUCGGCCUGAGUCGAGGGGUUGAUAUUGUAACACAUUACCACAAACUAGGGGCCCGAAUAACUGACAGCGGCAGUAACGUCGAGUAAUUCUGAGUCACAAUCUGCUAUUAUACCAUCAAACCGACCUAUUUUGUCUACAUAUCUCAAAUGGUCAAAGGUGGACUUCGUUGAUAUACUCCGCCUUGCCUAGUCUCUCGGCCUCAUUAUUCCGUGCGGCCAAAGCGUUUCGCGAGUCAAUUGGUCCAAGCGAAAAUGUGAGGCCUAGAAAAAAAAACUCAAAAGUGAGGCAAAAGUGAGACAGCUUAAUGGCGGUGUUUACUUCCUUGGUCCCUAGGCCUCGUCGGAUGUUGAGCUGUCAAAAUCAGAUUAAUCAGAUCUUACAGGGAAUACGACACCGAAUGUAAAUAACCACCCUCUGAGCAUUUUCCCCUAGCCCGCAUCCCAGGGAGAGCUUGCUCGCAUGCUAUUCAAAAGAAUCUUGUUCCCAAUCACUUUCUUUUCUGAUUUUAAGAUUCCAAGUGGACGAGAAAAAUUCAACUCCUCAUGUAGCGGUAAACUGUAAGUACAACUUAUCAUUUUUAGUUUUCUUUUUUUUUUCUGGUGGAAAAAGAUUCAUGCGAGAAAAAUGAAGCUGCCUGAUUACUUUGAAGAGUGGGGCUGCGCUAUUAGGACUGAUCGUUCAUCCACACGUACUUGAACCGUUUAUUAAGUUUUUUAUGACUUAUUUAGAAGGCGAGUUUUGUUUCGCAAUAUUUCCAACCUUCCUUUACUUUCUCGCCUACAUUUUCCCUAAAACUGAUGCAAUCUAGACGGCUAAAAAAUAUUGCGUGUUAAUGUGACAAUCGAAAAGACAGCGUUAAAGGCGAUUAAAUGACCAUAAUUUCUGAACCAGACUUUAAAUAGUUUCCUUCAUCUUUGAAAAUUUUUUCACAGAAAAAAGAGCUAUCUUUUUACAAAUAACUUUUAUUAAGUUUCUAUGAUCAUCAUCAUCAUCAUCAUCUUCUUCUUCUUCUUCUUCUUCUUCUUCUUCUUCUUCUUCUUCAUCAUCUUUAUCUUCAUAUUCAUUUUCAUUUUCAUUUUCAUCUUAUUAGCCUGCUUUGUUUCUUGCAGAUGUCCACGUAUUAUCAUUUCUUGUAUCUAUCCAUAUCAAUGGGAGACAAACAGUUGUACCAGUAUCGAUCAGGGAUAUCAAAUCUAUGAUGGAGAAUGUCACAGAGGUCAGAACAUGUAAAAUCUAAAAUUUAAAGUGAGGCAGUUUAUUUAUUAAUAUAUUCAUUUUUUAUCCAACAUUAAACAAACGAAAAUUUACAUAUUGCUCUACCCGUAAAUGGCAGAGCAAACGUAGGUGGCCUUGUUCAAAACAGGUUCCUUGUAAGGUCUUAUAAUAAUCUUCCAGUUUCCAGCUUCAAAUUGUACUAACCUUUUCUUUUUUCUUUUAGUGUUUGAUGGCCAUGAUAACCAAGAGUGUGGUGGUUCCAGUUAUUGGAAAUCAUCUUGUUUUGGUAAGCAACGAACGAUUCAAUCAUGCAAAUAUUCUGGCUCCAUAACAUACAGCUAACGUCGGACGUUCAUCUCAAUCAAACACGUCCUACAUUCAGCAGUUACGUCUGUCGUUACGUCUUCGGCAAAAAGCUUCUUAUGUAUGGUGUACUGCUUUUCGCCUAUUUUAUAUAGCGGAGCCUCCAUGCGCGCGAUCGUAGCUCCAUACCUAAGAGAAAAUGGAAAACUCCCGUCGUCCCUCAUGGGCUAUUGAUUCAGAGCCCAUUCAGGCUCGAGGAAUAAUUGUUAAAUAUUAUGUUUAUUCGGAACAAAUUCAUUCAAGGUGAUGGGAAUAUUUGCCAGGAAAUUUCGUAACGGCUGUUUUCACACCAGUGGAUAAUCCAUCUUUAAAAUCCGUCAAAAUUGGCGGAAGAACAGAUGGAUAAAGUCAGGUGGAUUGUCCAUCCAAAAUUAAGACUGUUCUAUUUUCAAAUUAACACGUAUUAUCUAUCUGACCCGAAUUAUCUAAUGGAUAAUCCGUUUCAGACGUAUAAUCCGUCUCUAGUGUGGAUACGGUCAAAGAGUUGAAAUCAUCGCCACAUCAGCUUUUCGUCAUGUUGUACCACAAAAAAAAAAAAUAAAAAGAAGACUAGUUAACUAAUUUAUUUCCAUUCAUCGUUAAUAUAAUCGUAAAAAUAAUAACGAUAAUUAUGAUGAUGAUUAUAAUCAUAAUAGUAAUAUUACGCUAAUAAUUUUAUAAAAGUGUCCUUUGGUAUUUUGGCCCGCACAGGUACAAGUUUUGUCUAUUUCUUUUGCCAGAUUCCAAACGUGCGUUAUAUGGCUUUACCUGUAACCAUACUGAUUGGCAUGACAAUCGUGGAAUAUUUUACAGAAACUAUGGUAUGCUAUACGUGAAGUGAAACUGGUCGAGUUGGAAAGAAUCCUUCGAUUUCCCGUCUUUGCAAGAAGAGUUCCGGUUUCCCAUUUACUCCAUGACAGCAUAUGCCACAAUUGAACGAGUAAAAUGAAAACGGAAUUUUUUCAUAAAAAAUUUUGAUAAAAAAA